AUGAAGAAGAAGGGGCUAACAAAGAAUGUUGUAUUGGUCUUAUCCCCCUUAAAUAUAACACAGGAGGAGCAGUUAAAUAUUUUAGGAUCUAGUGGUGUGACAUCAUGUAGGUUACCAUACAGUGAUAAGGAACCAGAGUUUGACCUAGAUUUGUCAAAAAAUCUUGAAAAUUCAGUCAUAUUUGCACACCCAGAGGCCUUGUUAAACACUGACUGUAGAAAGUCACUUCUCCAAGACAGGGCUUUCAUAGAUGCAGUGGCAGCAGUGACAAUUGAUGAAUGUCACAUUGUUGGGGAAUGGCAAGAGACGAACAACUUUUGGGCAGAUUUAACAAGAUUAACGGUCUGGGAUCAACAUUAG